CAGAAAAUGGCGGCGGCGGGGAGCCGUACCUCGUCGUCGGGAAUAUCAGAUUCGGAUAACGGCAUAAAUACUGGAAAUCUUUCCCACAGCAAUCAAAGUAACUUAAGUCUUCACAGCGGUGUCCGAUCAGCGAAGACAAGCGCCGGGGAAAACGCGCAAUGGAGACGCAAAGAGUUGAGGAAAGUUAGGAGCGUGGAUCUCGAUAAGGCAGAGUCGCUGCUCCUGUCACCGGAGAUCGGGACAAGUUCGGUAUCGGAGUUGCGCUUCUCGUCUGUUUCAUCGUCCGGCGGGAUCCGCGCUUCCCUGCCUCAUCAGAGCCACAGCUUUCGGCAUAGCAAUUCACUAACUUAUCACCCACUUUCUGGCAAUACGAGUGAUACCAAUAGUCUGUCUACAACCGCUCAGGAAUUGUUUAGUUCUGCGUUUAAAAGCAGCAGUGAGCACCGCACUGUGGAUGAUGGUGUCACUGGAACUCUGGAGAUAGCCACCCCGCAAAAUGGUCGGGACAUGGACGGCAAGGACACGCUGCGGAGCCUGCAGAAGAUGGAGGACCGUCCGGAGGAGCGGAUGAUCCGGGAGAAGCUGAAGGCCACCUGCAUGCCAGCCUGGAAGCACGAGUGGCUGGAGCGGCGGAGCCGGAAGGGCCCCGUGGUGGUGAAGCCCGUUCCGCUGAGACCGGACGGGAGCGAGGCCGGGACAGAAACGCAGGUGGGAGCCGCUUCCUCCCGGCCCCGGGGCCACCGCAGCCCCUCCCCUGGCCCCUCCUCUUCCUCUUCCUCCACUUCCUCCGCCUCCGGCAAGAUGGGCGGGAAGUCCGAGUCCGUGGGCGUGCGGGUGAAGAGGGCGUCCCCCGUCCCGUUUCAGAGUGGGCGAGUCACACCCCCUCGGCGGGCACCCUCUCCAGAUGGGUUUUCCCCCUAUAGUCCAGAGGAGACUAACCGCAGGGUCAACAAGGUUAUGAGGGCCCGCCUUUAUCUGCUACAGCAGAUAGGACCAAACUCUUUCCUGAUUGGAGGAGACAGCCCUGACAACAAAUACAGGGUUUUUAUUGGUCCACAGACCUGCAGCUGCGGCCGGGGCACCUUCUGCAUCCACGUCCUCUUCGUCAUGCUCAGGGUCUUCCAGCUGGAGCCCUCCGACCCCCUGCUCUGGAGGAAAACCCUGAAGAACUUUGAGGUGGAGAGCUUGUUUCAGAAGUACCACAAUCGCCGCAGCUCGCGGAUCAAAGCUCCCUCUCGCAGCACCAUUCAGAAGUUUGUCUCCCGCCUGUCCAACUCGCACACGUCCUGCGCGUCCAGCGCCUCGACCUCCAGCAACGACAGCAGCAGCCUGAAGGACGAGGAGGAGCAGAUGUGUCCCAUCUGCCUGCUGGACAUGCUGGACGAGGAGAGCCUGACCGUGUGCGAGGAAGGCUGCCGGAACAAGCUGCACCACCACUGCAUGUCCAUCUGGGCUGAGGAAUGUCGCAGAAACCAUGAAGCCUUAAUCUGCCCUCUCUGUCGAGCCAAGUGGAAGACACAUGAUUUUUACAGCCACGAGGCCGCUGGCCUGGGGGACAGUGCAGCGUGUCAUCAGGGCCAGUCUCAGGGUCACCAGAGCCAGGCCUCAUCCCACAGCGAGGGUCAGAGACGGGCGCAGGAGGGUGACUUUAACCUGCCCCACUACGGAGUCCAGCAAAUCCCACAAUCCUACAAAGAGCUGGCCGAGCCUUGGGUUAGGGUGUUUGGAAUCGAGCUGGUGGGCUGCCUCUUCUCCAGGAACUGGAACAUCAGAGAGAUGGCCCUGCGGAGGCUGUCCCACGAUGUGAGCGGGGCGCUGCUGCUGGCCAACGGGGAGCACUCGGGCCCCGGGGCGGGGCCGGGGGUGGUGCUGGGGGCCGCGGCGGCAGGUUGCGGGGUGUCGGGGGACGUGGUGGUGGAAUCCUGCUGCAGCGUCCUGUCCAUGGUCUGUGCUGACCCCGUGUACAAAGUCUACGUCGCCGCCCUGAAAACCUUACGGGCUAUGCUGGUGUACACGCCCUGCCACAGUCUCUCAGAGCAAACGCACCUGCAGAAGCUGCUGCAGCCGGUGGUGGAAACCAUCCUGAUCAAGUGUGCAGACGCCAACAGUCGAACCAGCCAGCUGUCUGUGUCCACUCUGCUGGAGCUGAGUAAGGGACAGGCAGGGGAGCUUGCUGUGGGCAGAGAGAUCCUCAAAGCAGGAUCCAUAGGGAUUGGAGGGGUGGACUAUGUCUUAAACUGUAUCCUGGACUCCGAGAUGGAGGCCGCUAACUGGCAAGGGCUUCUGGGACGCCUGUGCCUCAUCGACCGUCUCUUGCUGGAGUUUCCCGCCGAGUUCUACCCCCACAUCGUCUCCGGGGGCGACUGCCCCCAGUCACAGACUCUGGUCGAGAGGUACCAGAAGCUGCUGGCUCUCCUCAGCUUUGCACUAGGGUCGAUCGACCACUCCCACUCCAUGGUGGGUAAGCUGUCUCGCCGGGUGUUCCUGAGCGCCGCCCGCAUGGUGGCCCGGGUGCCCCGCGUCUUCGUCACGCUGCUGCACAUGCUGAGCGCCACCGGCUCCGCCAACCACGCCCGCAUGCGGCGCCGCCUGCUGGCCAUCGCAGAGGAGAUGGACAUCCUGGAGGCGGUCCAGCUGGGCCUCGAGGAGGCCGAGCCCCCCGCCCCCCAGAACUCCCCGAGCGUCUCCGGAAGCAGCUCCCCUCUCCACACCGUGCAGCUGUCCGCCACGACGGGCCGAGGGGCGUGCGAGGCCGGCCCGGGGGACGUCGCAGAGCGGCCGGCGGCCGUCACCACGGGACACCCGGCGCUGGAUUCGGUGCAGGACAAGAGCAGGCCACCAAGCCAGUGCCUGGACCGCCCCUCCUCGAGUCACUCUCCACCCGCCCCAUCCCUGCCUGCCUCCAGCUCCCUCCCGCUCUCCUCUGCUGACGGCCCCAGAGCCAGGCCACAGGACCUCGUCACCGCCAAGCCUGCCAGCGCCUCCCCGAGCACCCAGCGCAAGCUGCAGAAGCACGCCAACGCCGGUAAAGGCUCAGCGAAACUGUCCCCCACAUUCACCCGCCCACAGCCCCAGAUCCACAGACCAAAACCCACCCGGGCCUCCCCCAGCGAGGGGAGCAAAGCGCCCUGCCAGCCGGCCAGGAGCGGCCUGAAGCUGGACCUCCAGGACGUCCCGCGCUGUGGCCCCGCCCCCGUCCCCGGCGGGGACUCCGCCUUCACGCCCGUGGAGGACGGCUACGGGGGCCUGGAGGCCGGCGGCGAGCUCAACUCCAGCAUGGAGGACCUGCUGGAGGUGUCCGCGCCCGCCGACGACAGCACCGUCACCUUCAGGUCGGAGGUGGCCGUCCUCCACCCAGACAGCGCCGGCACGGGGGGCGACGCCUACACCGACGACGUGGCGCAGAACCAGAGGUGCAAGGAGAAGAUGGAGGCGGAGGAGGAGGAGGCGCUGGCCAUCGUCAUGGCCCUGUCCGAGUCCCAGGACGCCCUGCCCACCAUCCCCCAGCUGCAGGUGGACAAAGGGGAGGACGUCAUCAUCGUCCAGACCCCAGAGGCUCUGUCUGGCCAUACCAAAGUGAAGCAGCCCUACAGGGAGGGGGCGGAGUGGCUGAAGGGUCAGCAGAUCGGCCUGGGCGCCUUCUCCUCCUGCUACCAGGCCCAGGAUGUGGGCACCGGCACGCUGAUGGCUGUCAAACAGGUGACCUACGUGCGGAACACGUCGUCGGAGCAGGAGGAGGUGGUGGAGGCGCUGCGGGAGGAGAUCCGCAUGAUGGGCCACCUCAACCACCCCAACAUCAUCCGCAUGCUGGGCGCCACCUGCGAGAAGAACAACUACAACCUGUUUGUGGAGUGGAUGGCAGGUGGCUCAGUGUCUCACCUGCUGAACAAGUACGGGCCCUUCAAGGAGGCGGUCAUAAUCAACUACACAGACCAGCUGCUGCGCGGCCUGGCUUACCUCCAUGAGAACCAGAUCAUCCACAGAGACAUCAAAGGUGCCAACCUGCUGAUCGACAGCACAGGCCAGAGGCUGCGGAUCGCCGACUUCGGAGCCGCUGCCAGGCUGGCGUCCAAGGGGACGGGCGCCGGAGAGUUCCAGGGCCAGCUGCUGGGCACCAUCGCCUUCAUGGCUCCUGAGGUGCUGAGGGGGCAGCAGUACGGCCGCAGCUGUGACGUUUGGAGCGUGGGCUGUGCCAUCAUCGAGAUGUCCUGUGCCAAGCCGCCCUGGAACGCAGAGAAACACUCCAACCACCUGGCUCUCAUAUUCAAGAUCGCGAGUGCCACAACCGCACCCACAAUCCCAGCCCACCUGUCCCCGGGCCUGCGGGACGUGGCUCUGCGCUGCCUGGAACUGCAGCCGAUGGAUCGCCCCCCUUCCCGAGAGCUCCUGAAACACCCCGUGUUCCGCCUCAACUGGUAGACACCGCGCCUCAGGCCUGGAGAGUCAAAACACUACAGAGGGCCUCGCAAGGAUGCUCCUCUCAGCGCUCUGCAGCUAACCUAACCACCAAUCACGAGCAAAGCCAUGGUCACAGGCCUUCCACGCUAACAGGCGAUUUUCACUGGAAUUGUGUGAGAAAAAAUAGCCACAUUCCAAAACAGCAACUGGGGUCGUUUACAUCACGACCGCCAUUGCGGGUAACAUUUUUUCAACUGAGCGAUCGCCUAGCUAGACACAAUUUCUAAGGCGUCGCUUGGCGAUUUCUGCCCCAUAAAGGUAGGAAUCUUAUUGCAGACCAACCUGCAGACCAGCCCCAAAAUCAUGCAAUUCUGCUAUGGAAACGCAGUGCGACAAUCGGGGCGGUCAUAGAUGAGUUUUUGCGGGUGAACUUUGGUUUAGGAGACGCGUUUGACCCGUGCUUCCUUGUGCAGCGGCCACAAUCUGCUGUACCUUUGCACAAAAUGCAAAACAAGACACAAUAUCUGCUCCCAAACUGUGCCUUGUUAGAAUUGCGACAUCAGUCCUCAUUUCACCAGCUUUAAUGGCAAGUCCUACAUCUUUUUUUUUAAGAUAUACUAUUUAUGUAAUAUAUGGUUUCACGCUAUGAAGGCAGUUCUUUGAGUAACAGUUAUUUUUCGAGCACUUUUGCAGCCAUUUUUUGUUGCAGAUUGUUUUUGAUGUGUUUUUUUUUAUCCUCUCAAAAGUUACAUAUAUUUUGG